AACCUAUAUCAUAAAGGUACCAAAAUGAAAAUUUGAGAAGGCAACCCCUGUUAGAAUCCUGUGUCCCAGCCUUUUGCUCGGUAUUCUGCUCUUUUGCUCGCCCCUUCUUCAUCGUCAAUUAUGAUGGCGGCUGCCACUCUCAGUCUCACCAACUAUCAGCUUCAAAGCCACCCGUUACUUCCACAGCCAUUGUCGAAGUCGAACACUCUCCUCUUCUCUCAGCCGCCGCAUCCCUCGUCGUCUUUCUACUUACCAACGGCCAAAGACGUGAAGAAGUUGGAUGGCAGAAGGAAGGCGGUAGAAGGUCUUUCUUGCCGGGCCGCCGUUAGAGCCGCAGGCGGAUGGCGAAGGCCUGAUGUGUCGCCGUGGGAUGAUAAGCCGUACGAGAUUCUUCCCACUGGGAAGAGGGCUUACUUAGACGAGCAAGACGUGGUGGCGUUUCUCGACCCUCCCAUGGAGUUGAUCCCUCUUGACCCGGCUUCUUACAACCCAGCUGCCUACCUCUGGUGAUUUUCUGUUUCCACCACACAAUUGCAUUUCUCUCUUGUAAUUGUAAAAAAAAAUUCAUUUCCUGCUGAAGCAGAUUGACUAUUGAAGUACCCAUUUGGAGUUCAAGUUUUAGAAUAUCUGGGAUGUUAUGUAAUUGAGGUUUACAGCGAUGCUAGACUACUAACUGUUGAGGAAGAAAAUCGAUGAUGUACCUGAAGAGAGGCGCCAUCGAUUGAUCCACCUGUUGGAUCCUGGACUCAUAUCAAGAGCUUGGGAAAUAGCAGGGACGCGUUACGAGGAUUCUAAGCUAACUAAGUUGAUGGCAUCCAACUUAUUAACCUGUAAAGAUGGAGAGAGAUCACUUGAGUUCUAUCAUUGCCGAAGUGGUGGAGGUCCUUCGCCGAUUGGUUGGAUGAAAUUCUUCAAGAAGGCUAUAUUUCGCAGCAAUAGUGGGAAGGUUUAUGGGCGAUUUAUUGCUGGAGGAGUUGUGGGUCAAAUUGCAAACUCCAUCAGUCCACUCUACUUUUUGACAACUGAAGAUAGAGAAGUGAUGGCAACAGAGCAGCCUUGUGAUUUAGCGUAUGAAUUUGGUGAUGGUCAUUUGAAUCUCGACAACUGUCCAGUUGGCUUCCCAAAACCAGGGAAGCAUCCCUAUCCAUUCAACGACCAGGUUAUGGUGUAUGUUCGUCACAUAGGACCAGGAGUGUCCGUCGGCCAAGCAUGGCAGGAAGGGAAGGAGUUGCAACAAGUGCCCCGGAAGCUGUGUGGUGAGAUUCUGAUGGUGAAAGACUAUUCUGCUGCAUAGUCCCGGUGAGGAACAACAUCUUCAGUCUCAACUCUCAACCUUAAUGUUUCUGCCACUGCGUCCCAUGAGUUGGCUUGUAGAUCAAAGAUGAAGAAGUUUUUGAGCCAUGUGAACAAGGGUAUUCGCCAGGCUGGCCGGCCUAGAGAAUCCGGUAAGAAUGAUCUCUUGUGAAGUAACAAAACAAGAAUCUAUGAGAGCGUUGCCGGAUCUGAAGGAUUUGGCUCUUGAUUGGUGUCCAGUUUAGAAGUUGUCUAACUGAAACACAUAGUGGGAGUAUAGGUUUCAAAUUCAGUUGUUUACUUAUGUUCAUCCACCUCCGUUUAAUAUUCAAAGGGGACAGCCUAAUCAUAUGGGGCAAUUAUAUUCUAUGACUAUAAUGUUGGUAGGAGAAAACAAGCCUCAACAAAUUAAUUGGAAAAGCUGGCCUGUGAAUUGUAUCGUUAGAACUAUCGAUUGGUUGUAGUCAAUCACAUCGAGAUUGUGCUACAGAUAUGGCUGCCUCUUCGAAACAUGUUACUAGUCAAAGGUAAGAGAGUAAAAUUUGUGCUGAUGAGAAUGGUAGUAUGAAUGCAGGAACAGGGCAAAA